ACAUCUGUUAGCAAAGGUACUAGACCAGUCAAAUUACCAACAUUUGCAAGACGACCUGCAUCUCCUUCAAAUUCCAACAACUUCAACCAUUCUCCCCAUUCUUCUGGUGGAUCCAAUAACAUUGCGGGAAUUAACAGGCAUGGAGGAGAACUGCAUAACAGAUCAGGUGGCAGUGCAGAUAAUGUUUUGUCUCAGAUUGCAGCCCAAAGAAGAAAAGCAGCAGGCCUACCUGAACAGAAACCCAACCAACAGCAUAGUCCAGUCCAGUCAACUCCUUCAUCCACUCUGUCAGAUUUGCAGUGUGCUCAAAUUGUUGGCAAUGGACAUGUUGUAAAGCAAAAACUGGAAAUGAACAAAAGACCUCCAUCUGGGACUUCAUCUACGUCUAAGAGCACAUCACCAACUCUCACACCUUCCCCAUCACCCUCCCCAUCUCCUAAGGUUCACAACGCAGAGUCCUCUCUCUCUUCUUCUCACAGACAGGCCAAGAGCAAUGGUUCCAGCAGUGGUACUAUUACAGAAGAUGGCAACCACUUGGUGGACCAUCAACAGCUUGUCCCUAUUCUGAGAACCAGUGAUGUAGAGAAUCAUGAAAGACGAAACCACGUGAGAGUAAAAGGAGGCUCUGAAAACUUGGAGAAAGAUGAGCUGACUGGCAUCCUUAAAAAAUUGUCACUUGAGAAAUAUCAGCCUAUUUUUGAGGAGCAAGAGGUGGAUAUGGAAGCCUUCCUUACACUUACUGAUGGUGAUCUGAAAGAACUGGGUAUUAAAACCGAUGGAUCAAGGCAGCAAAUUUUGGCAGCUAUUUCUGAACUGAAUGCAGGAAAGGGACGAGAGAGACAGAUUUUACAAGAAACUAUACACAACUUCCACUCUUCCUUUGAGAGUAGUGUUAGUAACACACGACCUCCAGGUCAUUCCCAGUCACCUGGCUGCUCUAUAAAACAACAAGAAGCUGUUUCUCCUAAAAGGUAGCUACUGGAAAAAAAGAUUUUUUUUCUUACGGUGGAGUUUGGCAUCUG